CAGGUUAUUUGAUAAACUAAACUAGUAGCAUCUAAUGGAAUAUCGUUUGAAAAAGACAUCUACACUCAGAAUGAACGGUCCCGGAAGAACGUACGUGUUUUAGGACAAACGGUGAUAAUGUUGUUUUCCUUCCCCUAACAAUUAUUAUUCCCUUCUGUUCCGCAAAUAAGAUGCGGUCCCAGGUUUCAGAUGAGUCGUAUUCAAGUGAUUCGAUGUCUGAUGAGGACAGUUUGAAAUCGAUUCGUGAUUUGUGUAAGAUACAUAAACCUGACAGAAAAUCUUUAAACAGUUGCAGAGGUUCAAAUCAUGUUUUACCUGAAAGAAUUUCAGACUGGAAAUUAACACAUGCAAAACUCCUUCAUGUUUUCUACAAGAGUGAUUACCUUCCAAAUCCAAAAGAUGUAUUACAAACGAUACAAAUAGUACAUGAACUUGAUGAAAAACAAAAACAACAUGUGUCUAGUCUACAGAAUUUUUUAAAGUUUGAUUCAAAUUUGGACGAAUUUUGUCACAGGCCAGUUUUGGUAAAAGAGAAGCUUGACAGAUUAGUAGCAAAACGUAAUAGUUCAAAUGAACUUCAUCCACACAAUGACGUAUCUGUCAGCACAUUGAAAGGUGAUAGGUUCAUCACUGCAUUGUAUAGACUGCAAGAUAAAAUUCAGAAACAGAGAAGGGCUCGUUACAGAUUGAAUGAAGGCAUGUUUACACAGUUAAUCCUUACACUUGGUGAAAUAUGUUACUUAGAGGGAGAGUGGUGUUCAAGCGGAGAUGAGUCCAUUUGGUGUAAUUUAAGAGAAUGUGAGCGUGUCAUUUCAAAUCCAGAUUGUCGUUUCUACAAACAGGGACAUUUUAUGAAUGUUAAUUGUGCAGCAGUAAAGCCAACUUCUGUAGUUUCUAUUCAUGAGGUGAAAAAUGCUAAGAAAUUUGAAGGUUUAGAACAUCCAGAAAAAAAGAGAAAAAGAAAGAGAUUUAAAAGGUCACAGUCUUCAACCGAAGAAUCUGAAUCUUGCUCAUCGCUUGGUAUUUCUAGCUGGUCAUCAGGACAGCUACUGGACAUGUCAAAAGAACCACUACCAGAAAUAAUUGCAGAUUUGAAUGUAAAAGUUCUUGGACAGCAUGCUGGUGAGCUUCUGCUGGACCUACAUGAAUAUGGAUCAGAUGACCACAUAUCAAAGCUGACAACACAUGGACUAAUAAUAGAUGGCACUAAGGUAUACUUUACUCUAUUGGAAAUGUCAAAGAGUCAUUAUGAAAAGCUGUGCAAGAAUCUUGAACUUGAUGAAACUGACAGAGCUACAAUCUAUUAUUCAAGACCAUUAGACAUUUUACAUCUUGAAAGUCGUAACACCCUGAUAGAAAACUUUGUACGGUUAAACAACAUUUAUUAACCAAGAUAUUUAUUAGAUCAUGAACGUUAAUAAUUGAUGAUGUUGACUGGAGUGGAUACUUUAGUUCAUCAAUUAGACAUCAUGCAACUAUCAAGAUAAAGAAAUUGUAUAAACUCUCUUUCUUUGUUAUACAAAGUAUAUUGUGGAUACUCAUUUAUAUCUAAAAAUAAAUUUACCACAUAUUUUACAUUGGUUUUAAAACUCAUCAAAUUUUGAUAAAAAAAAGGUAUCUAAAACAUUACAUUUAUCAAUGUUUAUUAAUUACUUGACACAUUAUUUAUCCUGUUUCUGAUCUCUCUUGUUCAUGAACUUGUUAGUUUGAAGUGUUAUCUUUUCCAAAACAUCAGAUUAAAAAGAAAUCCACAAAAUCUUAAAAUACUUUACAUGUUAUAAUUUGUUCUCAGUAUCUCAGUACUGAAAUAUGUGUUUUUAUGAGAGAAAAGAAUACCAAGGGAACAAUCUCAAACCAUGAUUUGAAGGAACUUAGAUUACUGAAAAAAAGUCAAACAGUCAAACGAGUCCACAAAACAUUACACCAAAAUGGUAAAAAAUUGAACACUACCUAAAACCAGAAAUACUCUCAUUUGUUCAGGAAUGGUAUUCAAUCUAUCAUAAUAUUUAUUUGAAGUAAUAUUUUUAUAAUAAAAGAACUAAAAUUUGU